UGGAGCUGAUGCACCCAUUCAGGAAGCCCAUUAAAUGCAACCUGUCGUCCAUCACACCGCAAUUUCGAUUUGGAUUUCCUGCAUGAGAAUUACUUUGCAAACACUCAUUGCGGCUCCUCGGACAGUCUCCGGUACCUAUCAAGUCCUAUUUCUCGUUUUGUGUCGCAUCAUUCAAAUUCCGCAGAAUCUCUCUACGUUACUUCCCCCUGACUCAAUUCCCAGGCCCAGUAUAAUAUGACCACUAUGCUAACGACCCCUCUGAGUGGAUGGUCGCAGCUCUCGCUGUCGUACCUGACUCUAACCGUGGGUGCUCUGGCACUGAUUGUUGUUCUCUAUAUCUCCAUUGAUCGCUUCCCUGCGCCGCGGUGGUUGUCGAAAAAAUACCAAUUGAUCGGUCAGAAGGACCCAGCAAGCACAACAUCCUUAGAAUGUCCGUACAGCUAUAUUCGCCAGAUCUACGGCCAUUAUCAUUGGGCUCCUUUCGUGCACAAGUUGUCUCCCACUCUCCAACAUGAUGAUCCAGCCAAGUACAAGAUGGUACUGGAGAUCAUGGAUGCCAUCCACCUCUGUUUGAUGCUGGUUGAUGAUAUCUCCGACGGCAGUGACUUCCGUAAAGGGCGACCAGCUGCCCACCGCAUCUACGGCCCGUCGGAAACUGCCAAUCGCGCCUACUUCCGAGUCACCCAAAUUUUGAAUCAGACGACAUCCGGAUUCCCGCAUCUCGCUCCCUGGCUGAUGCAGGACCUCGAGAAUAUCCUCGAAGGCCAGGACCUAUCACUCGUGUGGCGCCGGGACGGCCUCAAGAACUUCCCGACCGCUCCCUUAGAGCGAGCCGCCGCCUAUCAGCGGAUGGCGUCUCUUAAGACAGGCUCACUCUUCCGACUGCUCGGCCACCUAGUGCUAGAGGACCGGUCGAUGGAUGAUACCAUGACCCUAGUCGCCUGGUACUCCCAACUCCAAAACGAUUGCAAGAAUGUUUAUUCAACUGAAUAUGCCAAGAUGAAGGGGGCUAUUGCCGAGGACCUCUGCAAUGGUGAGUUGAGCUACCCUAUCGUGCUGGCCAUGAACGCCCCCGAUGGCCACUGGGUAGACCUUGCGCUGCAAUCUCCUUCCCCCGGAACGUGCGAAAUGCCCUGCGGGUGAUCCGCAGCGAUAAGGUGCAUCAGAUGUGCAUGGCUGAACUGGCUGAGUCUGGCUCAUCCAUUCAAGACUGGCUGGCUCUAUGGGGCAGGAAAGAAAAGCUGGACUUGAAGUCGGUGUAAACAAAGAAUGGCAUUAUGAAUUAGCUGAAGAGUCUGUCGACGGAAUGAUUUUGGGGUAGCAUUCGAUCAUUCUAUUGCAUACAUGGGGCUUGGCAAGAUUUCUAGUCCGCAGAAAUCAGAAAUGCAUACUCCGUACUUUUCCACUGAUUCAAUCAAUAAGGUCUGAUCAUUUUAACUAAGAAAAUAAGCCCAAAUUUAGGCAACUUUUUCGAUUUUCCAAAUAUGCCGAAAAAUCUAUAAAUUCUUUAAAGAAUGGAUGCAUGCAUGGCUUUCAAUAUGCUGAUCAAUUCAUGCAAUCGAUUAUUUACUUUUUCUACUCUCGGUUUUUAACUGGAGUUCGGGGACCAUUGUUAUCUCGGGGACCUUGUUAGGUUCAUUCAGGGACCAAAUACCUCAUUUCACCUUUUCUUUUGAUCUGAUCUAUCAUGUCUUAUAUCAAUU